UAAAAAAACAAAAAUAUUUAAAUAUUUUUUUUUUUUAUAAUUUAAUUAAUAUAAUCUUUUUUCUAUUUCAAACUAAAUAUUUUAUAUAUAUAUAUAAAUAAUUAUAGAUAAAUUAUUUUAUUUUUUAUUUUUUUAAUUUAAAAGAUAAUAACAUUUUUUUAAAUUUAAUUUAAUUUUUUUAAAAUUUUUUUUGUUCACUUAUAAUCAAAAAAUAAUAAAUACUAAAUUCACUUUUUUUUAUUUGUUUUAUUAAUAUAUCAUUUAAAAAAAUAACAAUAAUAAUAAUAUAAUAAUAAAAAAUGAGAUUAUUAUUUGCUUUACUUUUAAUAAUAUUUAUAAAUUUUUCAGCUGGAUAUAAAAUCAAUUCAAAAUUCACUGAACAACAAUAUAAAACCGCUUUCACCGAAUGGACUAUUAAACAUGGCAAGCAAUAUGAAAACCAAGAAUUUGGUCGUCGUUACGGAAUUUUCAAAGAUAAUAUGGACUAUGUACAUGACUGGAAUAGCAAAGGUAGCGAAACUGUCUUAGGUCUUAAUAUUUUUGCCGAUCUUACCAAUCUCGAAUAUCAAAAAUAUUACUUGGGUACUCACGUUAACUCUUUGCUCCACCGUGGAUAUGAUGGCCGUGCUCUUGAGGAAAUAUUUGGAAGUGACGAUGGCAGAAACCCAACCUCAGUAGAUUGGAACAAGAAAGGUGCAGUAACUCCAAUUAAAGAUCAAGGACAAUGUGGUUCAUGCUGGUCUUUCUCUACAACCGGUUCAGUUGAAGGUGCCCACCAAAUUAAAACAGGUAAAUUAGUUUCACUUUCUGAACAAAAUCUCGUUGAUUGUUCUGGUGCUGAAGGAAAUCUUGGAUGCGAUGGUGGUUUAAUGGAUAAUGCUUUUAUUUAUAUUAUUCAAAAUAAAGGUAUUGAUACUGAAUCAUCAUACCCAUACAAAGCCCAAAGUGGUACCAAAUGUCUUUUCAAACCAACUAGUAUAGGUGCUACUCUUUCCGGCUAUGUUAACAUCACUGCUGGUUCAGAAAGUCAACUAGAAACUGCAGUUGCUAAAAAUGGUCCAGUUUCUGUUGCUAUUGAUGCCUCCCAUAAUUCCUUCCAAUUAUACAGCUCUGGUGUAUACUAUGAACCAAAAUGCUCACCAACUGAAUUAGACCAUGGUGUAUUGGUUGUUGGUUAUGGUGUUGCCAAAAAAGAUGAAAACAAUGCUUCACCAAAUAAACAUCAAAUUAGAAUUAGACAUAAUGAUGACUUUGGUAUCGAUGAAAUUGUUACUGACUCAUCAUCCGAUGAUGGAAGAAAAACAUCCCAAUACUGGCUAGUUAAAAAUUCAUGGGGUGUAUCAUGGGGUAUGCAAGGUUUCAUUCAAAUGUCCAAGAAUAGAAAGAACAAUUGUGGUAUAGCUUCAUGUGCCUCUUAUCCAACUGCUUAA